AGAUCAUCUCCUAAAGGUUGUCUGUCUGUUGACCGAAGCUCUUCGUCACCCCAGAGAGCUGGCUAACACAACAAUCUUUCGGUCAUCAAGGACUGGCAUACUGCCAAAUCCCUCCUGCGACGCCGAAUGGGCCCGAUACGCCCUUGUUCCUCGUGAAAGCUCCCCUCCUCCACGGUGUUCCCGCCCUCUUGGGUCCGACCCCUGAACCUACCUCCGUCUAUCUGCUCGAGUCGACGAUACGCCAGAAGCCGUUUGCCUCGAAGAGUUGAUUCCAACACCGGCCCAUCCUCGAGCAUAGCAGAGCCGCUGCCAGUCUCUCUCGACCAUGUCUGGCUUCCUUGAGAAUGCCUACAGCCUGGUCCACCAGGACAAUGCGGCCGACGUGCCGUCCGUCUCGGACCUGCGCAUGCAGCUGGAGAAGGGCACCGACGAAACCAAGGUUGAGACCAUGAAGCGCAUAUUGACCGUCAUGCUGAACGGCGACCCAAUGCCCACGCUGCUCAUGCACAUCAUCCGAUUCGUCAUGCCCUCCAAGUACAAGCCACUCAAGAAGCUUUUGUACUUCUACUACGAGAUAUGUCCCAAGCUGGACUCGAGCGGCAAACUCAAGCAGGAAAUGAUUCUGGUUUGCAACGGCAUCCGGAACGACCUCCAGCACCCCAACGAGUAUAUUCGAGGCAACACACUGCGCUUCCUUUGCAAGCUGCGCGAACCGGAACUGAUCGAGCCGCUACUCUCGUCGGCUAGAUCCUGCCUCGAGCAUAGACAUGCAUACGUACGCAAGAACGCUGUAUUCGCCAUCUCCUCGAUUCACCUGCACUCCCCGUCCCUCAUCCCCGAUGCGGCCGAGCUCAUCGCGACUUUCCUCGAGGGCGAGACGGAUGCCACAUGCAAACGAAAUGCCUUCGCUGCAUUGGCGAGCAUCAAUCAUGACGCGGCUUUGCUGUAUCUGAGCUCCGUAUUUGACGGCAUCCCGAACGCCGAGGAGCUCCUCCAGCUGGUUGAGCUAGAGUUCAUCCGUAAGGAUGCCGUGCAGAACUCACAAAACAAGGCACGGUAUUUGCGGUUGAUCUUCGAUUUGCUGGAGGCUGGUGCCUCGACUGUGGUGUACGAGGCGGCCUCUUCCUUGACGGCUCUGACCAACAACCCCGUUGCCGUCAAGGCCGCUGCCGCCAAAUUCAUCGAGCUGAGUAUCAAGGAGGCAGACAACAACGUCAAGCUCAUCGUUCUGGACCGGGUGGACCAGUUACGCAAGAAGAACGAAGGCAUCUUGGAUGAUUUAACCAUGGAAAUCCUGCGCGUCCUUUCCAGCACAGACAUUGAUGUGCGAAAGAAGGCCCUUGGGCUUGCGUUGGACAUGGUGUCGAGCAAGAAUGUUGAAGAGGUCGUCCUGCUCCUGAAGAAGGAGCUUGCGAAGACUGUCGAUCAGGAGUAUGAGAAGAAUGCAGAGUACCGCUCUCUUCUCAUUCACUCUAUCCACCAAUGCGCCAUCAAGUUCUCAGAGGUUGCCGCCAGUGUCGUGGAACUCUUGAUGGAUUUCAUCACAGACUUCAACAACGCCUCUGCUGUCGACGUAAUCAAUUUUGUCAAAGAGGUUGUCGAGAAAUUCCCCGCUCUGCGCAAGACUAUUGUCGAGCGACUCGUGGCGACUCUCAGUGAGGUACGCGCCGGCAAAGUCUACCGAGGAAUUAUGUGGAUCAUCGGCGAAUAUUCCCUUGAGGAGAAGGACAUUCGGGACGCUUGGAAGAGGAUACGUGCCAGUCUGGGCGAGAUUCCGAUUCUUGCCUCGGAACAGCGAUUGCUCGAGGAGCAAGACAGUGAGGACAAGCCCGAGGAACAGGUCAAUGGCCACUCAAAACCCUCGCAACCUAGCGGGUCGCGAAAGGUCUUGGCAGACGGCACAUAUGCUACUGAGACGGCACUUACCAGCCAGUCGUCCGCUGCUGCCAAGUUGGAAGCCGUCAAGGCCGCCCAGAAGCCGCCACUGCGACAGCUGAUUCUCGACGGAGACUACUACUUGGCUACUGUCCUCUCAGCUACACUGGUGAAGCUUGUCAUGCGCCACUCGGAGAUCUCGGCCGACAAGGCGCGAACUAAUGCACUGAGAGCCGAGGCAAUGCUCAUCAUGAUUUCGGUUUUGCGUGUCGGCCAGUCUCAAUUCGUCAAGGCGCCGAUCGAUGAGGACUCCGUGGAUCGUAUCAUGUCUUGCGUGCGGUCUCUGGCCGAGUUUCAAGAGAAGAAGGAUUUGGAAACGGUUUGGCUGGACGACACCAGAAAGGCAUUCCGGGCCAUGGUUCAGGUCGAGGAGAAGAAGCGCGCGGCCAAGGAGGCAUACGAGAGAGCGAAGACUGCCGUGCAGGUUGACGACGUUGUUCAAAUCAGGCAACUCUCCAAAAAGAACGCCACCGAUGGCCUCGACGAGAUGGAGGUUGACCUGGAGAGAGCAACGGGAGGCGAGUCAACAACGGAGGACCUCAGCUCGAAACUCAGCCGCGUCGUGCAGCUGACCGGCUUCUCCGACCCCGUAUAUGCCGAGGCCUACGUUAAGGUGCACCAGUUUGAUAUUGUCCUCGACGUCCUGCUGGUGAAUCAAACUACCGAGACCCUUCAAAACCUGUCGGUCGAGUUUGCAACGCUCGGCGACCUCAAGGUGGUGGAGCGGCCGACAACUCAGAACCUUGGGCCUCACGACUUCCAUAACGUGCAAUGCACCAUCAAGGUUUCGUCGACCGACACCGGUGUCAUCUUCGGAAACGUGGUGUAUGACGGCGCCCACUCAACCGACACCAAUGUUGUCAUCCUGAACGACCUGCACGUAGAUAUCAUGGACUAUAUCCAGCCGGCGACCUGCACAGAAACCCAGUUCCGCACCAUGUGGACUGAGUUUGAAUGGGAGAAUAAGGUCAACAUCAACUCGAAGGCGAAGUCGUUGCGUGAUUUCUUGGAGCAGCUGAAGGCGUGUACCAACAUGAACUGCCUGACCCCCGAAGCUAGCCUGAAGGGGGACUGCCAGUUCCUGAGCGCCAACCUGUACGCCCGCAGCGUCUUUGGUGAGGAUGCGCUCGCCAACCUGAGCAUCGAGAAGGAGGGCGAAGACGGGCCCAUCACAGGCUUUGUCCGUAUCCGAAGUCGAUCGCAGGGCCUCGCGCUUAGCUUGGGCUCUCUCAAGGGACUUAACAAAAUUGGUUCUUCGUGAAGGGCUGAUCUGGACCUUGGGCGUGUCGGCCCACUCUGGACGGUAGCCCGGUAAUUUGUGCGCGGGAAAUCAUAGUGCUCAUACACACAGGCCAAGAUGGGAAGCAGUGGUGGAGAAGUAGUUUCCGGCAGUCAUGCUCUGCCUGCGGCGGGAUUACCCCGGUUCUUGAACGAUGCAGGAGUCAUGCUGCGAGGACGCAAUGCUGAAAAUUAGAAAGGGAAACCCAUGAGAUUAUGGGAAAGGUCGACGGGAAGCGGGGUGGGAGACAGGGAGGGCAAAAAGGCCGGAUGGUAGACGACGUAUCUGAGACCACGACUUUUUGGUAGUGUUUCGUCCUCAGAUGCAUGCAUCGAACUGUUGACACACCUUUCUGCCACUAAGUGUGAAGCCAUCCGGCCAUGUUUCGUCUCACAGCCUGCCCUGGGCGAGCACCACGUCGACUCGAUGGAGCUAUUUAGCUAGGAAGAGGAAUGGUUCGGGGUAUAUUAAAAGACAAGCAGACCAAUACCCAGGACAAAACGACCAGCAAGCAGCCCCCAACUCCUAGAGGUGCGGGCACUCCACGCACAUGUUGAAAUUGAAGCACAAACAAAAUGAGGGGCCGUAUAUGGUAUUCGCCCAUGGUGAAGUAACGCUCAGAAGACCCAACAACAAACACUCCGAUGCACAAACAAAAAACUGCACAGAGUUGCAGAGGUCGCGGCGCAGGCCGUGCGGCGAAUGUGCCGCUUAGAGCCAGUAUGAUCCAACGUAAAGAGAAGGCCAGGGGGCGACACGGGCAUUAUGGUGCGCUGCCCCGUGUGGCAUGCAACGACGCUAUCGGUUGAAGACAAGGGCGUUGAGGAUAUGAUCUGCUUGCCAGCCCUGGUCCUGGAGAGACAUGCCCUCCUUGAGCAUCUUGCCCAUGUACGCUAUGCGGAUCUUCUUGGUGGAAGGAGUCUGCGAAGGAAACGUUGCAUUAGCUGAAUGGGAAUGUGGCGCCGUCGACCAAAGCGCGCAUGGCGUUGGUAUGGUCUCAUAGGUUCAUAUGUGCUCUCUUACCGCUGAUUCUGAUGCGAUGGUCCGUAUGACGCUUCGAACUGGAUCCGUUUUGGCGACCGACACAUCGAUGUCUCGACCCGAGUCACUCAGUCGCGCUCGAACCCUUAUUUGUUCCCGCGCGUCGAGCACACGUUUGCCUUUCUCCUCUCGCCUUCUCUCGGCGUCAUCCACAGGCACGUCGUUGAUAUCGGCCCCGAUAGUCUCUCCAGCACUUGUAGGCAGCUCGGCGUCCUUGCCAUCAGGGUCGCUGUCGUCGGCGAGGUUGGUUGGGUCGGCGACGACCCACUGGGGCAGCUGGUAAUAGUUCCCGAGCGAGUCAUAGACGCCGUUGGCAAGGUCGCCCGUGGGCAAAGAGAUUUCGGCGGCGGACAGAAUCGAUUGCGCGGUGCCGAGGCCAUUGAGGCCGUCGUCGUUGGAGUCUUCGGUGGCAGGAUCCCACAAGACCUGCAGGGCCGCGUGAAUCGUCUGCCAUAUCUCCGCGCGGCCCGUGACCCUAGUGUCGAAAAACUCGGCGCGCUCCUUGUCUAGGCCUCGGCGUGUCCACCUGCGAUCUUUGGAGGCCCAUUCAUGUUGGCGUAAGGGCUUAUUGAUGUGCUGAUCGAGCGGACCCUGGUCUCGGCGGCGGCGGCGAUGGUGAGAGGGUGGGACGGGCUGGGAUACGCCAUGGCUAGCAGCCUGGAUGCCGUCUGGAAGCGUCAGGGGUGGAGGGUUGAUGUGUCGGGCGGAGGAAUUAGGGGCGCCGCCUGGAUACGGCGAGUUCGGGCCCGAGGAUCGAGAAAAGCAGCACCCCUGCGAAAUGUUGAAAAAGAGUCGUUAGCUCAACGGCCGACGCAUCACCGAGGACUCGGGGCGAUCUCUAUGCACCCUUGUCUACAAAUCAACGGCUGGGCGUACGUACCAUAGCGCGAGAGGCGGCGUCGCCAGCGGCGGGGGAGGAGGCGAGAGUCCAAUGUAUGUCGCAAAGAUGGGGGACCGUUGAUGCGCUGCGAGAAAGACGGGGCGUGUUGUCACGGCCAGUCCAUUCCAACCUUAAGGUAUCGGAUAGAUGAUAUCGUCGAAACGUGGGGCUGGAAGGCGGCAGUGAAGUGAUGGUUCACCGCGAUACCAGUACGAGCACUCGAUGCACCAGGCUCUGUCGCAGAAGAUGACGGUCUAGGCAGUGGUUGCGGCGAAUGCGCAUGCGCUCGCGAAGAUGCGACAAGUGAAGCCGGGCGAGGAAAUGAGCUUACGACCGUCGACAAGGCAUGAGAAUGCGAAGUAUAACGAGAGAGUGCCCGGGAAGGCAGGCCGAUGGACGAGGUGAAGCUGGCAGGCGGCAGAUGGAGAGCCGGCGCGAGGCGGAGGAGGGGGCGUUCGAGAUGGGCGUGACGCCGACGACCGGCUGCGGCAAGGUUCCGAAGAGGGUGUUUUGAGGCCAAAGGGUCGAGGGUUAGAGGUGGGG